GAGGGGCAAGAGUGAAAAGACACGAACUAAAGAGGAGGACAGAAUGGGGACAGAAUCGUUGUCAUCAGCAGCAUCGGCGAAGGACGCCUUUGUCUUCGCAUUCUCCUCUUCUGGCCGUCGGCGCUCCUCUCCCACCUCCUCUCCCUUCUCUCUCUCUGUGCUCAUGCAAACUCCCCUCCCGUCUAUCUCCCCCUCCCCCUCCCUCCCACUCUCCCUCCCACUCUCCCUCCCACUCUCGUGCACUGGUCCGAGCAGCUGCAUCGAACAGAUUCAACGUAUCUCUGCCGUUCAUGCCGCGAAUCUCGCGGCUGUCAUUGAGUACUGAUCGGCGAGAUGUAGACCUGGACGAGCUCAGACAGCUGCUGAUAAGUGCUGGCCACGAUUCUCAACUCGUGCGUGAUGAAUCUGUCCCGACUGGCAGUAGAAGAGUGCCAGUUAGUGAUCGGCAUAACAACGAUCCCAAUGGAGGAGAAGGAGGAGGAGGAGGAGGGGGAGGAGGAGGAGGAGGAGGAAAAGGAGCAGUUGACAUGACGAAACUUCGUCGAGCAAUCAGAAACAGCGCAGUUGUUGUCUCAAUACACAAGUGGGAGGAGGAGGAGGAGGAGGAGGAGGAAGAGGAAGAGGAGAAGGAGGAGGAGGGCGGGUGUAGUCUUAUGAUACCACAGGCUGAGAGUGGGAGCAUGACCCAAAACAGCAGAGACGUAGCCGCCGGAAAUCAAUCUGACGGCCUGUUGCUCAGCAGGUUGAUUAACACUGGAAGCGCUCUGUGGAGAAAGAGCGAUGGCGAGUGGUUGAAGAAGAACCUAUGGCUAUGGCUUCCUCUUCCUCCUCCUCCUCCUCCUGGUUCUCCUUCUUCUCUUUAUCCUCGCCGAAGGCUGGUUGCAUUCGGUCGUGCUUCGUCAGACCGAGCAACAGUGGCUUCUAUCCACGAUGUUAUGGUUGCUCCAGAGCUUCAGAGACAUGGACUUGGUCGUCGCGUCGUCAAAGCCCUUCUCAGAGAGAUUUGGCGAAUGGGUAUUCUAGACAUCAACGUCAUGACUCCGACCCACGCGAGGGGUUUCUUCCAAGCCUGCAACUUUGGCCCUGAUGCCCAAAAAGCGGUACCCAUGGUUUACUCACGACGGGUGAAGGUGAAGAAGAAGGACCACGCUAAAGGGUGUCCUCCUCCCCAUAGUAAUUACCAUGACCAUGAUGAUUACCCACCCAGCACCCCUCCGUUGGCAUUGGCAACAACAAUAAUAGGUAGUGCUGAUCCUGAUUGCAUUUGCGCCGGUACUCCAUCAAAGAAGAAGAAGAAGAAGAAGAAGAAGAAGAAGAAGAAGAAGAGUGAGGGAAAUGACGAUGAAGAGUCGAUGAGAAUUAUACAGCAAAGCAAUGAUAAACAAGAUCAUGAUGGGCAAACAGAGAGAUCAAUGGGAGAAGAGAAGGAAAGUGCGAACAACUGUUGGGAGAAGAGGAGCCACGAGGAUGAUGAAUGGGAGGUGGUGAGGAAUAGUGAGAGUGAUGACAGUGAUGAUGACACUUAUGAUGAGCACAAUGCUGAUGAUGAUGAUGAUGAUGAUGAUGAUGAGGAGGAGGAGGAGGAGGAGGAGGAAGGGGUUAGUGGUGAUGGAUAUCAUAGUUAUGCUCAAGAAGCGAAGUAUCGUGCGCUUCCGAAGAGGGAGGAGGGGCGGACGGAAGAUGGCCUUGUCAUCCCACCGCCGUUGAAAGUACCCUUCGACAUCAGAUGGCCGUGACGGGGGGUGUUGAUGUUGUUGUUUUCUAAAAAAGAAAAUUGUUGUUGUUUCUCAAAUUGUGUUUUUUAAUUGUUUUUUUUAAUUUUUUUUUUAAUUGUUUUUUAGUUUUUUUGACGGUUUUUUUUUUUUUUUUUUUUUGAAUCGAUUUUUGAGUUGUGUAUUUUGAACUGUUUUUGAAUUGGUUUUCAAGCCGAGGCAUGGUAAUGGCCCUGGUCGCAUCUUUGUAUUCCAUUUCAUAAUCAAAAGCUUGAUUUCAA